GUGAAGAGCUAGCUAAUAUUACUGAGGAGAGAACUAAGGUUAGUGCAAAGCUAGCUAAUAUUACUGAGGAGAAAACUAAGGUUAGUGCAGAGCUAGCUAAUAUUACUGAGGAGAAAACUAAGGUUAGUGCAGAGCUAGCUAAUAUUACUAAGGAGAAAAUUAAGGUUAGUGCAGAGCUAGCUAAUAUUACUGAGGAGAAAACUAAGGUUAGUGCAGAGCUAGCUAAUAAUACUGAGGAGAAUACUAAGGUUAGUUGACAGCUAGCUAAUGUUACUCAGGAGAAAACUAAGGUUAGCGCAGAGCUAGCUAAUAUUACUGAGGAGAAAGCUAAGGUUUGCACAGAGCUAACUAAUAUUACUGAGGAAAGAACUAAGGUUAGCGCAGAGCUAGCUAAUAUUACUGAGGAGAAAACUAAAGCUAGUGCAGAGCUAGCUAAUAUUACUGAGAAGAGAACUAAGUUUAGUGCAGAACUAGCUAAUAUUACUGAGGAGAAAACUAAGGUUAGCACAGAGCUAGCUAGUAUUACUGAGGAAAGAACUAAGGUUAGCGCAGAGGUAGCUAAUAGUAUCGAGGAGAAAACUAAGGUUAGCGCAGAGCUAGCUACUAAUACUGAGGAGAAAACUAAGGUUAGCGCAGAGCUAGCUAAUAUUACUGAGGAGAGAACUAAGUUUAGCGCAGAGCUAGCUAAUAUUACUGAGGAGAGAACUAAGGUUAGUAGAGAGCUAGCUAAUAUUACUGAGGAGAAAACUAAGGUUAGUGCAGAGCUAGCUAAUAUUACUGAGGAGAAAACUAAGUUUAGUUAAGAGCUAGCUAAUAUUACUGAGGAGAAAACUUUGUUUAGUGCAGAGCUAGCUAAUAUUACUGGGAAGAAAACUAAAUUUAGUGCAGAGCUAGCUAAUAUUACUGAGGAGAAAACUAAGUUUAGUGCAGAGCUAUCUAAUAUUACUGAGGAGAAAACUAAGGUUAGUUGAGAGCUAGAUAAUAUUACUGAGGAGAAAACUAAGGUUAGUUGAGAGCUAGCUAAUAUUACUGAGGAGAAAACUAAGUUUAGUUGAGAGCUAGCUAAUAUUACUGAGGAGAAAACUAAGUUUAGUGCAGAGCUAGCUAAUGUUACUGAGGAGAAAACUAAGGUUAGUGCAGAGCUAGCUAAUAUUACUGAGGAGAAAACUACGGUUAGCGCAGAGAUAGCUAAUAUUACUGAGGAGAAAACUAAGUUUAGUGCAGAGCUAGCUAAUAUUACUGAGGAGAAAACUAAGGUUAGUUGAGAGCUAGCUAAUAUUACUGAGGAGAAAACUAAGUUUAGUGAAGAGCUAGCUAAUAUUACUGAGGAGAGAACUAAGGUUAGUGCAAAGCUAGCUAAUAUUACUGAGGAGAAAACUAAGGUUAGUGCAGAGCUAGCUAAUAUUACUGAGGAGAAAACUAAGGUUAGUGCAGAGCUAGCUAAUAUUACUGAGGAGAAAACUAAGGUUAGUGCAGAGCUAGCUAAUAUUACUGAGGAGAAUACUAAGGUUAGUUGACAGCUAGCUAAUGUUACUGAGGAGAAAACUAAGGUUAGCGCAGAGCUAGCUAAUAUUACUGAGGAGAAAACUAAGGCUAGUGCAGAGCUAGCUAAUAUUACUGAGAAGAGAACUAAGUUUAGUGCAGAACUAGCUAAUAUUACUGAGGAGAAAACUAAGGUUAGCGCAGAGCUAGCUAUUAUUACUGAGGAAAGAACUAAGGUUAGCGCAGAGGUAGCUAAUAGUACCGAGGAGAAAACUAAGGUUAGCGCAGAGUUAGCUACUAAUACUGAGGAGAAAACUAAGGUUAGCGCAGAGCUAGCUAAUAUUACUGAGGAGAAAACUAAGUUUAGCGCAGAGCUAGCUAAUAUUACUGAGGAGAGAACUAAGGUUAGUAGAGAGCUAGCUAAUAUUACUGAGGAGAAAACUAAGGUUAGUGCAGAGCUAGCUAAUAUUACUGAGGAGAAAACUAAGUUUAGUGCAGAGUUAGCUAAUAUUACUGAGAGAACUAAGGUUAGUGGAGAGCUAGCUAAUAUUACUGAGGAGAAAACUAAGUUUAGUGCAGAGUAGGGUUGCAACGGUAUGAGAUUUUCACGGUAUGAUAACCGUCUCGGAAAAUACCGCGGUAUCACGGUUAUCACGGUAUCACAGUUUGUUACAUAUAUUAUUAAACUGACCCUUAAAGAAAUUACAACAAAGGUUUUUUGUUCAAUUAACUAUUUAUUGUAGAAACUACACCAUCAGGUGAAGGAAACCAUGUUUUUCCACUACUCUUAAGGCCAUUAAGAGUGUAUAUAUAUAAAAAAGUUGGUAUAUAACCAGAUACUGCAGAAAGAGGGGAUUUAUUUCUGACAUGAUCCUCACAAUAGAGAUUUCUAUUUUAAGGCUUUCAUACCUUAAAACCUUCAACAUAUGAAAAACAGGCACGUCAGAAUUUGAAAAUAAACGCAUGUAAAUGAAUGGCGUCUUUCACAUCCAGUCCGGCCAGGACCUUUACACGGACACGUGUAUCCAUCGUAGCACGCACUUCACGCCUGUACCUGCGUGCCCAAAUUUCGGAUAACUCAGCGCUUUUGCGGGCGCUUACCGCAUGGGUUGUGCACGACUACAAAGAGGUUUUUAUUUAUGUUCAGAUUAAAAUUAUAAACUGAACACAUACUUUGCGCUGCACAGCGGGGUGGUGUUUUCGAAGAUGGGAGAACAGGUUUGAUGUAUUUCCUCCUUUAGCUGUGACUUUACGGCCACAUUGAUUACAAGCUUGUUGAUUACAAGAUUACAAGUCUGUUUUCAGGCUGUUUGAAUGAGCGAAAUAUGAUCAGAAUUAUGUUAAUUAACACUAACAUAGAAGCAUAGAACUAUUAUUUAAUUAAAAUGAUUUUUAAGAACAGCUAAACACAGUGCGGAGAAGUUCACGUGCGAGAGAGAGAGACACAGAGAGAGAGAGACAGAGAGAGAGAGAGAGAGAUUUGCGUGUUCUGAUGUGAGCUACUCACAGGUAAAGGUUCUCUUUUAUCUCCUCGUGCUCAUUUUAGUCCAAUACAUAAUUCUGCAGUUUCUCAGUGUUUUCUGUCGUAUUUUGCGGCUAGCGCGAGCGCUUACAACUAACACCGCGGGCCGCGAGGUGCUGCCGCGCUGCCGCUGUUGUGCCGAAUCCGACUCCCUGCUCAAUCCGACUCCCGCUUCGCGGACAGAAUCAGCACAACACCUCCCGCUGUAGAACUGCGGGAGUGAAACAGCGCUUAUAAAUAAGUUAGUUAAGUUUCACUUUCAGUUUUCGUUAUUUGUUUCGUUUUCAUUAACAAUAAUAAUUGUUAAUGAAGCUCUAGUCUGAUGCACUUUCUGCCGUUCUCACCGCUGUGUGCUGAGUAGCUGAAGCGGAGCAGAGUUGCGCAUGCGCGGGUGAGUUUCUCCGCUGGCUUGCGUUUUACCGGUAAUAAGCAAAAACACACGGUAUGAUAACCGUGCAUUUUAAUACCACGGUAUACCGUGAAACCGGUUACCGCUGCAACCCUAGUGCAGAGCUAGCUAAUAUUACUGAGGAGAGAACUAAGGUUAGUGCAGAGCUAGCUAAAAUUACUGAGGAGAAAACUAAGUUUAGUGCAGAGCUAGCUAAUAUUACUGAGGAGAAAACUAAGGUUAGUGGAGAGCUAGCUUAUAUUACUGAGGAGAAAACUAACAUUAGUGCAGAACUAGCUAAUAUUACUGAGGAGAAAACUAAGGUUAGUGAAGAGCUAGCUAAUAUUAUUGAGGAGAAAACUAAGUUUAGUGCAGAGCUAGCUAAUAUUACUGAGGAGAAAACUAAGUUUAGUGCAGAGCUAGCUAAUAUUACUGAGGAGAAAACUAAGGUUAGUGCAAAGCUAGCUAAUAACACUGAGGAGAAAACUAAGGUUAGUGGAGAGCUAGCUAAUAACACUGAGGAGAAAACUAAGGUUAGUGCAGAGCUAGCUAAUAUUACUGAGAAGAAAACUAAGGUUAGUGGAGAGCUAGCUAAUAUUACUGAGGAGAAAACUAAGGUUAGUGCAGAGCUAGCUAAUAUUACUGAGGAGAAUACUAAGGUUAGUUGACAGCUAGCUAAUGUUACUGAGGAGAACACUAAGGUUAGCGCAGAGCUAGCUAAUAUUACUGAGGAUAAAACUAAGGUUAGUGCAGAGCUAGCUAAUAUUACUGAGAAGAAAACUAAGGUUAGUUGAGAGCUAGCUAAUAUUACUGAGGAGAAAACUAAGGUUAGUUGAGAGCUAGCUAAUAUUACUGAGGAGAAAACUAAGGUUAGUUGAGAGCUAGCUAAUAUUACUGAGGAGAAAACUAACUUUAGUGCAGAGCUAGCUAAUAUUACUGAGGAGAAAACUAAGUUUAGCGCAGAGCUAGCUAAUAUUACUGAGGAGAGAACUAAGCUUAGUGGAGAGCUAGCUAAUAUUACUGAGGAGAAAACUAAGGUUAGUGCACAGCUAGCUAAUAUUACUGAGGAGAAAACUAAGGUUAGUUGAGAGCUAGCUAAUAUUACUGAGGAGAAAACUAAGGUUAGUUGAGAGCUAGCUAAUAUUACUGAGGAGAAAACUAAGGUUAGUUGAGAGCUAGCUAAUAUUACUGAGGAGAAAACUAAGGUUAGUUGAGAGCUAGCUAAUAUUACUGAGGAGAAAACUAAGGUUAGUUGAGAGCUAGCUAAUAUUACUGAGGAGAAAACUAAGGUUAGUUGAGAGCUAGCUAAUAUUACUGAGGAGAAAACUAAGGUUAGUGCAGAGCUAGCUAAUAUUACUGAGGAGAAUACUAAGGUUAGUUGACAGCUAGCUAAUGUUACUGAGGAGAAAACUAAGGUUAGCGCAGAGCUAGCUAAUAUUACUGAGGAGAAAACUAAGGCUAGUGCAGAGCUAGCUAAUAUUACUGAGAAGAGAACUAAGUUUAGUGCAGAACUAGCUAAUAUUACUGAGGAGAAAACUAAGGUUAGCGCAGAGCUAGCUAAUAUUACUGAGGAAAGAACUAAGGUUAGCGCAGAGGUAGCUAAUAGUACCGAGGAGAAAACUAAGGUUAGCGCAGAGCUAGCUACUAAUACUGAGGAGAAAACUAAGGUUAGCGCAGAGCUAGCUAAUAUUACUGAGGAGAGAACUAAGUUUAGCGCAGAGCUAGCUAAUAUUACUGAGGAGAGAACUAAGGUUAGUAGAGAGCUAGCUAAUAUUACUGAGGAGAAAACUAAGGUUAGUGCAGAGCUAGCUAAUAUUACUGAGGAGAAAACUAAGUUUAGUGCAGAGUUAGCUAAUAUUACUGAGGAGAGAACUAAGGUUAGUGGAGAGCUAGCUAAUAUUACUGAGGAGAAAACUAAGUUUAGUGCAGAGCUAGCUAAUAUUACUGAGGAGAGAACUAAGGUUAGUGCAGAGCUAGCUAAAAUUACUGAGGAGAAAACUAAGUUUAGUGCAGAGCUAGCUAAUAUUACUGAGGAGAAAACUAAGGUUAGUGGAGAGCUAGCUUAUAUUACUGAGGAGAAAACUAACAUUAGUGCAGAACUAGCUAAUAUUACUGAGGAGAAAACUAAGGUUAGUGAAGAGCUAGCUAAUAUUAUUGAGGAGAAAACUAAGUUUAGUGCAGAGCUAGCUAAUAUUACUGAGGAGAAAACUAAGUUUAGUGCAGAGCUAGCUAAUAUUACUGAGGAGAAAACUAAGGUUAGUGCAGAGCUAGCUAAUAACACUGAGGAGAAAACUAAGGUUAGUGGAGAGCUAGCUAAUAACACUGAGGAGAAAACUAAGGUUAGUGCAGAGCUAGCUAAUAUUACUGAGAAGAAAACUAAGGUUAGUGGAGAGCUAGCUAAUAUUACUGAGGAGAAAACUAAGGUUAGUGUAGAGCUAGCUAAUAUUACUGAGGAGAAAACUAACUUUAGUGCAGAGCUAGCUAAUAUUACUGAGGAGAAAACUAAGUUUAGCGCAGAGAUAGGUAAUAUUACUGAGGAGAGAACUAAGCUUAGUGGAGAGCUAGCUAAUAUUACUGAGGAUAAAACUAAGCUUAGUGCAGAGCUAGCUAAUAUUACUGAGGAGAGAACUAAGCUUAGUGCAGAGCUAGCUAAUAUUACUGAGGAGAAAACUAAGGUUAGUUGAGAGCUAGCUAAUAUUACUGAGGAGAAAACUAAGGUUAGUUGAGAGCUCUGCUCUGCACUCCCUGCUCUGCACUCUGCUACUCUGGUCUGUUGGUUUGCUCUUCUGGUGGUGUGGUUAGCUUGCUCAAAUCCUCUUCACUUUUCUCUGUUUUCUUCUCUUUUACUCUCUUCACACUUACUAAUCCACUUUUAGUCUGCUUUCUCUUUGCUCUACACACCUAUUAAUCCACUCUCAGUCUACUUUUAUAGACUUUUUUCCUCAGAUGCUGGAUUAGCUGCUGCAGUUUGUUUGUGUAAGUUCUUAAUUUCAACUGAAACAAGGUGAGUGCUUUUUUAUCAUGGCUACUGCUGAGGUUUACUCUUGUUUAGACUGUGGCAUGUAUAGCUUAGAGCCCUUGUCCACCGAUAGUGGUAAAAAUAGUGGUAUUUGUACUAAGUGUGAGAUAGUUAGCACCUUGGUGGAUAAGGUGAAUAAGUUAGAGCUGCACAUCCGGGGUUUAAUAAGGGAUAGACAGCAGGAUUCACUGUUAGCAGCCCCGGGUGUCUCAGGGAGAGAUAGUACCCCCUCGACUCCGGCCUUAGAGCCCUCACAGCGGGGCGAAUGGGUAACGUCUCGGCGGCAUAGUCGAAAGGCUAGGGCUAAUGCUAACGCAAAGGCCACAGCCAGCCCACCUGAACACCACGCUCCCCCAGUUCACGUGUCAAACAGGUUUGCCCCGCUCAGUGAAGCACCCGCUGAGGAGCCUGUUAAAGGUACUCUGGUGAUAGGAGAUUCUAUCGUCCGACACGUGAAAUUAGCUACUCCUUUAGGGGCACCAGCGGCAACAGUUAUUUGUUUACCGGGAGCCAGAGCACCGGACAUUAGUGGCAACCUUAGGUUAGGGAAUAGGAGAUAUUCGAGGGUAGUAAUUCAUGUAGGGGCCAAUGAUAUCCGUCUGCGGCAGUCUGAAGUAACUAAGGCUAAUGUUAAAGAGGUGAUUAAACAGGCCCAGACGCUGUCCGAAGAGGUAAUCUGCUCUGGCCCCAUCCCAAUGAGGCGUGGUGAUGAAGCUUACAGCAGGCUUUCUUCACUGAACCGCUGGAUGUCCAAGUGGUGUGCAGAAAAUCAUGUGGGCUUUAUAGACAACUGGCUACAGUUUGAGGGCAAGCCUGGGCUGUUAGGUAGGGAUGGUGUCCACCCCACGCGGGAGGGUGCUGCCUUACUUUCAUGCAGCAUAGCUCAUAGUCUUUUAGCUAGUCGGCAGAGUAGUGUUAGAAGCUGCUGACAAUCCAGAGCCGGGACCAGGCCGCAGACAGAGAGGCUUAACCAACCGUCUGCGAGCUGCAAAGAGACGUUACCUAGGAACCAGUAUAUUCAGACUGUGUCUGUCCCCCGAGUCAAACAAAAACAUCAAAAAACUCAAACAGUUAAUCUAAAUAACUUAACUUAUAUUAAACAAUCAUAUCCAGACUGUAGCACUAACACUUCAAACCUAAAGAUUGGUUUACUUAAUAUCAGAUCUCUAAAUUCAAAAGCAGUUCUAGUGAAUGAAAUGAUAAUUGAUCAGAACUUCGAUGUUCUGUGCCUUACAGAAACCUGGAUCAGGCCAAAUGAAUAUGUAGCAUUAAAUGAAGCCGCCCCUGCAGGCUAUAAUUAUAUACACAAUCCGAGAUUGUCCGGUAGAGGAGGUGGGGUCUGCAUACUUUUCCGAAAUACCUUAGUUAGCAAUCAGAAACACUAUGAUAAUUUUACUUCUUUUGAGCUUCUUUACACCAGUAUAAUUAAUCCAGUUACAAAAAAGAAUGCAUUUACUUUAAUUAACAUCUACAGACCACCAGGGCCCUAUUUAGAAUUUUUAAAAGAAUUUAGUGAUUUUGUCACAGACUUAGCAGUAAGUAAUGAUAAAGUGAUUAUAGUUGGAGACUUCAACAUUCAUUUCGAAAAAUUGGAUGAUCCACUAAAAAAGGCAUUUACAUCAAUUUUAGACUCAGUUGGUAUUAUUCAAAAUAUAACAGGACCUACUCAUUACUGUAAUCAUACUCUGGAUUUAGUUUUGACCCUGGGUGUGAGCAUAGAUAACCUGAAUAUUCAUUCUCAAACCUCCGCAAUUUCAGAUCAUUACCUUAUUUCAUUUAAAUUACAUCUCAGUCAUAAUAUAUGUACAUCCCCUAGCUACUCUGUAAAACGUUCAAUUACGCCUUUUACAGCCCAACAAUUUACAGAUAAGCUUCCAGACUUAUCAACUAUAAUGUACUUUCCUGUAGACCCAGUAGAACUAGAUAAAUUAACCGAAGGUUUAGAAAAUACCUUUCGCUCUACCUUAGAUGUGGUAGCACCCUUUAAACAUAAAAUUGAGAGACACAAAAAGCUUGCACCGUGGUACAAUGAUCAAACUCGUACCUUAAAGCAAUUAGUACGAAAUUUAGAGCGUAAAUAUCGAUCAACUAAAUUGGAAGUGUUUCACUCUGCAUGGAAAGAUAGUCUUGUUAAAUAUAGAAAAGAACUUAAUAAAGCCCGCUCAGCGUAUCUGGCCUCACAGAUCGAGAUAAAUAAAAAUAAUCCUAGAGUUCUCUUUAGUGUUAUUUCCAAAUUAACUAAAAGCCAGGCAGGUACUGAACCUCAGAUUCCAGCCAUUCACACCAGCAACGCAUUUAUGGACUUCUUUGAUAGUAAAAUUGAAAACAUUCGGGAUAAAAUUAAACAGAUAAAUAUUACAUCCUCUCUAUCAUCUGGUCUGGCUGAUCUAGAACAAAACCCUGUCACCGAAGUUAGGUUGGAAGUCUUUAACCCACUUCCACAGCUAGAACUAGAGAAAAUUAUCUCCUCUUCAAACAGCACAACCUGCACACUUGAUGCAGUUCCGACAAAAUUACUAAAACAGGUACUACCAGAUUUAAUAAAACCGCUGUUAAUAAUAGUAAACUCAUCGCUGACCCUAGGCCAUGUACCCAAAGCCUUUAAAACGGCUGUAAUUAAACCUCUGAUCAAGAAACCAAAUCUUGAUCCUAGUGUACUGUUUAACUAUAGACCUAUUUCAAAUUUACCGUUCAUUUCUAAGAUCUUAGAAAAAGCUGUGGCCCAACAACUUUGCUCUUACCUGCAAAGAAACCAGAUCUAUGAAAAAUUUCAAUCUGGAUUUAGGCCUUAUCAUAGCACUGAGACAGCUUUAGUUAGAAUAACAAACGAUCUACUUAUAGCCGCUGACCAAGGCUGUGUUUCCCUACUGGUACUUCUGGAUCUGAGCGCAGCCUUUGAUACAAUAGAUCAUACUAUCCUUUUAGAAAGAUUAGAGAACAUGGUCGGUGUAACUGGAACUGCCUUAGCAUGGUUUAAAUCAUACUUAACCGAUCGUUAUCAGUUUGUGAGGAUAAAUGAUAUGUCUUCCAGUUAUACCAAGGU